UCGCGGCGCUUUCCGCGGGGAACGGUGUAAAGGGCGGGGGAACUUUGAAAGUUGGAUGCAGCAGACCCGGCAUGGGUAGCAAGAAACUAAGACGAGUGGGUUUAUCACAAGAGCUGUGUGAUCGUCUGAACAGACAUCAGAUUGUUACCUGUCGGGACUUUUUAUGUCUUUCCCCACUGGAACUUAUGAAGAUGACUGGCCUGAGUUAUCAAGGUGUCUAUGAACUUUUGUGUAUGGUCAGCAGGGCCUGUGCCCCAAAGAUGCAAACGGCUUUUGGGAUGAAGACACAAAGGUCUGUGGAUCUCUCGCCAGCAUUCCUGUCUACUACCCUGUCUGCUUUGGAUGAAGCCCUGCAUGGUGGUAUGCCUUGUGGAUCCCUCACAGAGAUUACAGGUCCACCAGGUUGUGGAAAAACUCAGUUUUGUAUAAUGAUGAGCGUUUUAGCUACAUUACCCACCAGCAUGGGAGGAUUAGAGGGAGCUGUUGUGUACAUUGACACAGAGUCAGCAUUUAGUGCUGAAAG